AUGAUAUGGUGAUUGCUUGGCUACUCAACUCUCUUAGCAAAGACGUCUCUGAAAGUUUAAUCUGUUGUUUAACGUACGACAGAUCUGUGGAAUGAAUUACAAGAGAGGCAUGGACAACCAGAUGGGGCAAAACUUUUUGAAUUACAAAGGGAACUGAACAACAUAUCACAAGGUAGCAGUGAUGUAGCUAGUUAUUUUAACAAACUAAAAAAAUUAUGGGAUCAGGUGAAAAUUCUUAAUACCUUCAUGACUUGUACUUGUGAUUGUAAGUGUGGAGCAAAAACACACAAUCACAAGAUGAAUGAAGAUAUGAAAUUGGUUCAAUUUUUGAUGGGAUUAAAUAAAGCUUACUCAGGCUGUAGAGGGAACAUCUUAAUGAUGAAGCCACUUCCCUCUAUUAGUCAAGCUUAUUCCAUUAUUUUACAUGAUGAAUCACAAAGGGAAGUUCAUGCUGGGAAUCUAGUUAUACCAGAUUCAGCAGCUUUCAAUGUAGCAAAAUGGAGUCAACAAAGGAACAAUAAUGUAGCCAACAGAACACCACCAAAACAAGAAAUUUUGGGUUAAGAAACAACCUAUUUUGCACCUAUUGCAAAAGGACUAACCAUGUAAGAGAGAAAUGUUACAGGUUGAUAGGUUACCCACAGGAUUUCAAAUUCACCAACAAGCCAAAGAGACCUCAGUACAAUGCUAAGGCAAAUGCAACAACUACAGAAAAGGGUGAACCUACAGUGCAGAAUGUUGAGGAAAACAAGAUUUCUGCUAUACUGAGUUCCCAAGGAUACACCAAAGAUCAGUGUGAUCAUCUGAUUCAGAUGUUCCACACUGUACAUUCUGAAAAUUUGAAGAGUGUUAAGAAUUCAAAUGGAAAUCAAUUUGCUAACAUGGCUGGACCUUCUUCUCAAGAAGAAUCAGAUUUUUAGUGAAGCUGCAGGACUUUAUCUACUGAGAAGUGACAUAUCCAGUUCCUCAUCUAUCAAGACUAAUCAGUUUUCUAAUGACCAGUAUAAUUUUCCUUUACCUAAGCCACAUGCUCAGUCCAAGUAUGAGAAAUCUAGUGAUCAGUCUGUUCUAGCUUUCCCUAAGAAACAUGCUCAGUCCAAGCAUGUAGAGUCUAGUGAAGAGUCUUUGUUUAGUGUUUUUGAGAAAACUUUGAGUCUUGAUAUUUGUAUUGAAUCUUACAUGAAUGCAAAAGACAAUGUUUCUGAAAUUUUUGAUUCAAAUAAAUUUUGGCAUUAUAGACUUGGACAUUUACCUCUUAGUUCUAUGAAAUACAUUAAGGAAAUUUCAAUUCAACAUCACAACAAGCAUGAAUUCCCCUGUGACAUUUUCCAUAUGUCUGAAGAACCUCUGGUUCUUCCUCCUUCCAUAUCCUCACCAUCAAUUUCUCCAAAUUCAUCACCUCAUACUCCUUCUACUUCCUCUACAGAUCCCUCUAUUGAUCUUGUCCUUAUUAUAAAAUCAUCUCCUAUAUCCAAUCCACCAAUUCCUACCUCUAGUCCUCCCAUUCCCUCUCCUACUGACCAAACUCAUAUGGAUAUGUUGCCUCAGGGACAAAAACUGCAGAGAUCAACCGGAUAA